AUGCGAAUUUGUAUAGUAUUAGAAACUAUUUCAGCUCUUCUAUGCUGCUGCUAUGCAGCCGAGCAAAACACUCAAGCUCCCCAACUGCCACCGCAACAUAUUAAGGAUUUUGUGGAGCAACAUAUCAAACAUGUUAAACAACAAAUACCUUUAGUGCAGCAACAAAUUAAAGAAGGAACUCUCAAAGUAGAAAUUAAACAACCCAAUAUAAAUGGCCAACAAGUACCGCAGGAUAUCAAGGAAUUCAUUAAGGCACACAUCACACAAGUCUUGCAACAUGUUGCCAAACAGAAGCAAGAAAAACAGUUACACAUACCAUUGGUUUCUACACCCGCUCUGGGUGUACCACCUUUUGUGGUUGAAAAAAUUAAAAAACUACAAGAACAUGUUAAACAGAUAAUGGAACAGGCUGAAACUCAUAUUCCACAAGUCAUAAACCAGCAAAUUGCCCAAAGAAAGCAAAUAAAAGAUGAAGUAGAAGGGAAAAAAGUUGUUCCUUCUGUAGAAAUUCCCGACAAAGUAAAGCAGGUUGUUCAACAAGUUCAUGAACAUGUGCCACAGGUUAUUGCUCAUCAUUUAAAAACCAGAGCAACCAAUGAAAAUGUUCAGCAACAUGUACCUCAAGUGGUACAGCAACAUGUUGCUACCAAACCUGUAGUUCCUUCUCUAGUCGAAGAAAUUGUUAAACAAGUUCACACACAUGUUCCUCAAGUAAUUAGCCAUCAUCAUGCUCAGGUUCAAAAAAGAGAAGUACAAGAUAAACCUCAAGUUCCCGGUCACAUUCAAGGUAUUGUGGAACAAGUUCAUCAACAUGUACCCCAAGUUAUACAACAACAUGUUAAUCAGGUACAAAAAAAAGUCGGACAAGAAAUAGUCAUACCUGCCAACGUUCAAGGUAUAGUGGAGCAAGUUCAUCAACAUGUACCUCAAGUUAUACAGCAACAUGUUAAUCAAAUGCAAAAGAAAGCGGCUCAAGAAAUUGUAAUACCUGCUAAAGUUCAAGGUAUAGUGGAGCAAGUUCAUCAACAUGUACCCCAAGUUAUUCAACAACAUGUCUCUCAAGUCCAAAAGAAGGAAGUGCAAGCACAGCCUACAGCACCUGCACAUAUCCAAGGCAUUGUUCAACAAAUCCAUCAACAUGUACCCCAAGUUAUUCAACAACAUGUCUCUCAAGUCCAAAAGAAGGAAAUACAAGCACAACCAACAGCACCUGCUCAUAUCCAAGGCAUUGUUCAACAAAUUCAUCAACAUGUACCCCAAGUUGUAAGUCAACAUGUUGCAGCGGUCCAAAAGAAAGCCGCUCAAGAGAAACCUGUUGCACCUCCCCAUAUCCAAGGCAUUGUACAACAAAUUCAUCAACAUGUACCUCAAGUAAUUCAGCAACAUGUUGCUCAGAUGCAAAAGAAAUCAGUAGAUCCUGCACCAGCUGUAGCACAAGCCAUUAAUACCCAUGUUGUUUUGAAACACAAUGCCAAAGUACCCACAGAUAUACAAUCCAUUACUACCCAUAUUCGUAAAAAUGUAGCUCAAGUUGGGCAACAAGCUGACAAGCAGCAAAAAGAUAAUGUUGUUAAAAAUCUCAAUGUUGAACCAUCUCAUGUACAACAGGUCCAAAAUCAGAAUCAUGUUGUUCCUGUAAGAUCAUUGUAAGUCAAGAGUCCACUGCAUGUAAAACAUAUUGGCAACAAAUUAAAAGCAUCACAAACCCAUAAUAACAAUCACAUAAAAAUUAAGAACAACUUUGAAAAAAUACAUAUUUGAACUCAUAAAAUAAAUGUAUUCGAACACAUUUUCCACUUCAUUAUAUCAUAUAUGCCCAUUCGAAACAUUUCAAUCAUUAAUGUCAUGCUCAUACCUACACAACGAAUUGAAAUAAUAAAUUACUUGAUUAUAAAUACA